AUGAGUGACGAUAAAGAUAGAGACCGAGAUAGAAACCGAGAAAGAGAUAGGGAUAGAGAAAGAGAUAGGGGAAAAGAUAGAGAUAGAGAAAGAGAUCGAGAUAGAGAUAGAGAAAGAGAUAGGGAUGGUGAAAGAGAUAGAAUGGAUAGAGACAGAGAUAGAAGUGAAGAAAGGGACAGAUAUAGAGGCAGAGACAAAGAAAACCAAAGAGAUAGAGAAAGAGAUAGAGAUAGAAGUAAGGAGAGAAAUAAAAAAGAUAGAGAUAGAAGUGAGGAACGAGAUAGAAGUAGAGACAUAGACAGAGAUAGAAAAUAUAGAGAUAGGUCAAGAUCCAGAGAUAAGAAAAAGUCAUCUUCUGAAAAAGAUAGAUCAAAAUCAAGAUCAAGAUCAAGAGAUAAAAAAUCAUCAAGUUAUAAAAGAAAUAGAAAAGAUUAUAGCGAUAGUGAUAGUGAUAGUGAUAGUAGUAGUGGAAGCGAUGAUAGUGACUAUGAAAGAAAAAGAAAAUCAUCAUCAUCAACAUCAACAUCAUCAACAUCAAAUAAAGAGAGUAAAGAAGAAAGAAGAAAAAGAAAGAAACAAGAAAAGAAAGAAAAAGAAGAAAGAAAAGCUAGAGAAACACCAGAAGAGAAAAGAAAGAGAAGAUUAGAAAAGAAACAAAGAAAAGAAGAGAAUAAAAAGAGUGGUUUAGAUUUAUCUGGUUAUUCAAAUAUGACCAAUCCAUUCAAUGAUGUAAAUUUACAAGAGAAAUUCGUUUGGAAGGCAAAAAGAGAUAAGUUGAUUAAAGAUGGUAUGAAACCAAGUGAAUACGAUGAAAAAUUUGGAAAGAAGAGAAGAGAAGAAAUUCAACAAGAAAUUGAAAAGGCCAAAGCAAAACGUGAACAACGUGAAAAGGAAAAAGAAAUUUGGGAAGAAGAGAAAGAACGUUUACAACGUAUGAGAGAUAUGUCAAACAAUGAAGAGUUGGAAAAAAAAGAAGAGGAAUUUCAUUUCAUUCAAGCUUGUAAACGUUGUGAAUCACGUCUAUUAGAUAAUCGUUCAAAACCAUUGGAUUACCUCUAUAGAGCAAUUCACAUGCAAUCAUUACCAUUCGACUAUAGAGGUAAUCGUGAUCCUGUAAUGUUAAUUCAAUCUUUAGAUUCCACUAAUGAACUUGAAGAAUUAAUUGAAGGUUUACGUGAAUUCACUUAUUUAGAUAAUGAUAAAAGUAAUUUAGAAUUUUGGGAUGCUGCUUUAGAAUUAACAAAUUAUCAACUACAAUUAAUUGAAAGUAAAAAUAAUGAAACCAAUAAUAAUGGUAAUGGGAAUGGUAAUGGUAGUGGUUUUGGUGAUUCGACUGCAUUACAUCAUUCAUUGACACCAAAUAUUAAAUCAAUUCUAUCUGGUAAAUCAUAUAAGGAACUAUGCGAUUUAGAGGUUGAUAUUAUCAAGAAAUUAGAAUCUGGUUCUGCAAUGAAUGUUGAAUAUUGGGAAACUUUAUUAAAGCAUUUGAAAAUGUAUAAAGCAUCUUCUUUCUUGUCUGAAAGAUUCACAGAAAAUCUUAAAUUGAAACUUUCAGAAAUGGAAACCGAGAAAUAUUUGAAAGGUGUUGCAAAUGAUAUGAAUUUACCAUUUAACAGUGAAAAUACAGAUGAUAACAAUAAUAAUCAAAGUAAUACUACAUCAACAUCAACAAAUAAUAACAAUAAUAAUAAUAAUAAUAAUAGUAAUUAUAAAAACAAAGAAACUAAAGAUGAAUUUGAUGAAGAUAAUGAUUUCGAAGAACAAUUUGAUUUAGAAGUACCAUUAGAACAAAAAUAUUAUGCUUGGCAUGAUAAACAUAGACCAAGAAAACCAAGAUUCUUCAAUAGAGUACAUACUGGUUAUGACUGGACUAAAUAUAAUCGUACUCAUUAUGAUUAUGAUAAUCCUCCUCCAAAGGUUGUCAGAGGUUAUAAAUUCAAUAUCUUUUAUCCAGAUCUUAUUGAUACUACCAAAUCACCUCAAUAUUUUGUAUCACCAUCACCUGAUAAUCCAGACACUUGUAUACUAAGAUUUAGUGCCGGUCCACCUUAUGAAGAUAUUGCUUUCAAAAUCGUUAAAAAAGAAUGGGAAAAAUCUCAUAAAUAUGGUUACAAAUGUGUUUUCGAUGAUAAAGGUGUACUUCAUCUUUGGUUUAAUUUCAAAAGAUAUAGAUAUAGAAGAUAA